ACAUUUCCCUUGACGAUUAUUAGGAGCUUUUACGUGGAGCGAUCCAACGGUAGAAGUGGUAAAGUUGUCCUAUGAUUGAGAGUAGUGGUUAUGAAGAGUGUAACCCAUCUGCUAGCUUUGUCCAAUAUCUUGUGGGAAUAUUGUGGGUGCUAAUAAAGUUCAAGAAUUCGGUAGUUUCUGACUCUAGUUUUCUUGUGAAAUAUUUUCUGUUUAGUUUCUUCGUUGAACAGUCAGAGAAGAACUUGUUUCAGCUGGAGGGAACAAACUUUUUUGAGCUAAUUGCUGAAAAACAAGUAUGUCUCGCUAUUGACUAGUAACGUUAGGUUUCUCGUAGUUACCUGUAGAGUUUGUUGCCUUGAUGGACCUUGGCUGCUAGUGAUAAGUUGAGACCGCUUCGAAUGUUGUACUAGUUGAGAGUGGGUUCUUUAGAAAUAACGCAUUAACUCCUUUGUCUCCUCUCCAUAAAAGCUUCCUACACUUCUCCAAAUACUUGUUUUUGACGGGAGUUGGUUGUUUUGGCUGUCUUUCCAGUUGACAGACCGCAUUAUUGGAGUUUAGUGUCGUUUCGAAGAAUAGAAUUGCAGGAGGCUGCAGCAUGCUGUGAUUUGCACUGAGAGAUAUGAGUGCACUGGAGAAGUCAGACAGGGAAAGUUGUUACAAGUAUGAAUAAUGGUAUUCGAGCACAUGCUUGAAUAGUGAAUCAAUAGGAACUUGUUAUCAGGAUAGAAUAAUACAAAUAUAGACUUCGCAUUGUAAGGAUCACAGCGAGAAUUCUUUCUCUCGUAUAUUUCUUUUUGAUAGUUAAUUGAAAUGAGGAUAACUUUAAGAGAUAAGCUUUUUGAAAUAUAAGAGGAAAUCUUAGAUAGGCAAAUAGAGAGAGAAUAGAAAUUUAUCCAUUCAAAAGCUUUCGAAAGGGAAUAUACCUUUUGCCCUCUUCAAUAAAUGGAGAAAAGUUUGUGUAUAUCUAGAGGAUCACUGUCUUCUGUAAUUGCGUAGUUUGUUAUUUCAAA